AUGGAGGCUUCAGGUCCAUCAUGUCUCCCAACACCCUGUGAUUCUCCAGUUCAACCUGACCCAGAGGAAAAAGAAAUUGGAAGAGAGGAUGAGUCAAUCAGUCUGCCAAUGCUGCGAGAUUUUCAAGGUCCUUAUCCUGAUGCUGCCAACUGGACAAUUGAUGAUGUCGUCAAUUUUUUCAAGUCAGCAGGUUUUGUUUCUCAAGCUGAGGCAUUUCGAGAACAGAUCGAUUUAUCUAUCUAUCUGUCUCUAUUUAGAUCGAUUUAUCUAUCUAUCUAUCUCUAUUUAGAUCGAUUUAUCUAUCUAUCUCUAUUUAGACCGAUUUAUCUAUCUAUCUGUCUCUAUUUAUAUCGAUUUAUCUAUCUAUAUACCGAUUUAUCUAUCUAUCUAUCUAUCUAUCUAUCUCUAUUUAGACCGAUUUAUCUAUCUAUCUAUCUAUAUAUGUGUCUGUCUCUAUUUAUAUCAAUUUAUCUAUCUAUCUAUCCCUGUAUUCAGAUCUAUCUAUCUAUCACUGUCUCUAUUCAGAUUGAUUUAUCUAUUUAUCUACCUAUCUCUGUUCAGAUCAAUCUAUCUAGCUCUCUCUCUAUCUAUCCCUGUCUCUGA